AACACUUUGAGAUUCACAAAACCAUAUAAAUAUUUGAAUUCAUAUCUUUAGCGUACCAAUAGAAACAUACAAAGCUGAUCACCAACCUCCAUGUUAUUCAAACCAACCAAAUACAGCCAUAUAAUUGCCCUUUGAAAUUGCCAAGUUGAAGGAAGGAUCCUAAACUCUUCAUUAUAUAUAUACAUAGGCAAGCAAACAGCUCCUGAACAAGUACCUUUCCUUCUCUUUCUCUUUAGUUUUCUUUUUUUCCUUCUUUCUUCAGCUUAUUGCCAUGGAAAUUGGAAAUAUAGUGGAAUUCUUAAAGGAUAAGAGUAUUCUGAUCUCUGGUUCAACUGGCUUUCUAGCAAAGAUUUUUGUUGAGAAGGUGUUGAGAGUCCAGCCAUCUGUGAAGAAGCUCUUUCUCAUUGUGAGAGCUCGCGAUGCCAGUUCAGCUGAACAGAGAUUUCAAAAUGAGGUGAUUAACAAGGAUCUCUUUCAAGUUCUUAGAGAGAAACAUGGAAAGGAAUUUGAUUCAUUUAUAUCCAACAAGAUUUCUCCUAUUGCUGGAGAUAUUGCUGAAGAGAAUCUUGGAAUUAAAGAUUAUAGUAUCAGAGAAUAUUUGUGGAAGGAGAUUGAUAUUGUUGUUAAUGUGGCUGCAACCACAAACUUUUAUGAGAGAUAUGAUGUGGCUUUGGGUAUCAAUGUAAUGGGAGCCAAAAAUGUGUUGGACUUUGCAAAGCAGUGCACUAAAAUCAAGAUGCUUUUACAUGUUUCAACUGCUUAUGUUGCCGGUGUGCAAGAAGGAAUAAUAACAGAGAAGCCGUUUAAUUUUGGUGAGGCAUUGAAGCCAGAUUUGAAAGUAGACAUUGGAGAAGAGCUAAAGCUUCUAGAAGAAACAAAGAACCAAAUUCAAGAUGAGAAGAAGACAAAAGAAGCAGAAAAAGAAGCUAUGAAAGAAUUGGGUAUCAAAAGGGCUAGAAUUCAUGGUUGGCCAAACACAUAUGUUUUUACAAAGGCAAUGGGAGAAAUGCUUCUUGGGCAUAUGAGAGGAGACCUUCCUCUUGUUAUUAUACGUCCAACAAUAAUAACAAGUAUUUAUAAAGACCCGCUACCAGGUUGGAUUGAAGGAGCAAGGACAAUUGACAGCAUAAUAGUUGGUUAUGCAAAGGGAAAUAUUUCAUCUUUCCUUGGAGAUCCUCAGAUGUCAAUGGAUUUAAUACCUGGAGACAUGGUGGUGAAUGCUAUGAUAGCUUCAAUUGCUGCUCAUUCUAAUCAACAUUCUCAAUUUAUAUAUCAAGUGAGUUCAUCUGUAAGAAAUCCUGUAAAAUACUCUACACUUCUUCAAUCUGGAUAUCAAUACUUCAAGAAAAAUCCUCGAACUACAAGUGACGGAAAGACAAUCAAGACAACAACGAUUCAUGUUAUGAAAACCAUGUCAGAUUUUAAGAGAUACAUGUUUCUUCGAUACCGCCUGCCAUUAGAGGGAUUUCGCUUGCUGAAUCUAGCCUGCUGCUGUUUGUUCAAUCAACGAUUUAACCAACUCUGGAGGAAGUACAAAUUUGUGAUGCGCCUUGCUGAGCUUUAUGCUCCCUAUGCCUUUUUUAAAGGAUGUUUUGAUGAUACAAAGUUGGAAAAGUUAAGGAUGACAACUAGGGACAGCAUGGAGACCAUCUUGUUUGAUUUUGAUCCUAAGCACAUUGAAUGGGAAAAUUACUUCUCUAACAUUCACAUCCCUGGCGUGCUCAAGCAUGUGUGCAAUUAGCACUACUUCAAAGAUUAUUUUUUAUAAGCCAUUUGUUGUAAAACUAUGUAAUCAACUAAACCAUGAAUAGCAUUUGCAAAUAGCUAGCAUUUUUUUUUUUUUUCAAAACUCAGUUAUUCAUUUAAACUGCAUUGAUAUUACAAGUUCAUUAAUGUAUUUUUCAUUGAUUUCAGUUAUCAAGAUAUGCAACAAUAUUGUUAAUAAACUAUUGAGUAUGGA